UCACUUCCACGCCAUCAUCUUCACCGUACCGUACCGUGCUGUACCGUGCAUGCAGUGUGCGUGUAAGGUUUUGACCAGAGAGUUUUGACCUCCUGAAUUCGUAACGUAAGAGAUCCGCUGCGCAAGAUGGCGUCUGGUCUACGUGUCUUCUUGGUAACGUGUGUUACUUUGUGCAUUUUCCCCGCAAUUCAUGGGGAGUUUAAUCCACAAGAUGGCACGAACAUUAGACAGAAUAAUGAUCCCGCAAAUGUUGGAGGGGACAGGUAUCCAGUGAAGCGUGACGUUGGCGCUGGCGGCGGGCAGCGGCCACUGGGAGGUGCCGCAGCAAUGCCUGCCCAGAGGGGAUUCGGACCACAGCAACCUCAACAACAGUUCCAGCCAAAUCCAAAGCUGGCUAUCGCCCCAAAUCCCAACAACCCUGGUGGGCAGGGCUUGGGAAUGCUGAAGCAGCCAGGCAUGCCAGGUGAUGAUAUAGCCCGUGGAAAUUUUGGACAAGGGGCUAGGUUUGACCAAGGCCAAAGACAACCAGGACAGCCAGGUCAACUGCCUGGGCAACAACGCGCGUGGGUUGGACGUGGAGAUGUUGCUCCAAAACCCUAUCCGGCACCAGGACAAGGAAGACCUGACACUGGAAGACCUUCAAAUCGACCAAUGAGAAUUAACGACAGUCCACAAUGCCGAGAAGAUGUUGCACAUUUCUGUGGUAAAAAUGCACGAGGCAACAACUUUUCAGUGCUUGAUUGCCUGCAGAAUGCCGGAGAGAAAAGCACACAGGCUGGCGGCAAGGAUGUCGGGGAGCUUAGUGACACAUGUAACCGAUUUCUUUGGAGCUAUAAAAUGAACCUGACCAAGGAUGUACGAUUUGACUCAGCUGCCUUUGAAGUCUGCAAACCUGAACUGAAGAGGUUCCCAGAUUGUGACCGAAUUGAGAGAGGACAGGGGCUUCUGCUACCAUGCCUGUAUGACGUUGCAGAGAAUAUCACCACGAUCCAAUGUCGUCAGUACAUCAAUAGGAUGAAGGCAAUUACCUUCAGCGAUUACCGUCUCAUCCAAGGAUUUUACGACCAAUGCCGGUCAGAUAUUGAGUCUAAGAAUUGUGGUAAUGUCAAGAACAUACAACAGGAUGCUCCGCACAGACAAGGAGCCACCAUCAAUUGUCUGGAGAAGGGUGUGGAAAAACUGCAACCAGAAUGCAAGAAGCAGAUCCUGAGAGUGGCUGAAUUGUCGGCAAAUGAUUAUCACACUGAUCGAGCCUUGUAUUUUGCCUGUCGGGAUGAUCGUGAACGCUUUUGUGAGGGGGAAGCUGCUGGACAGGGGGCUAUCUAUAACUGCCUUUUGAAGCAUAAGUUUAAGGAGGAUAUGAGUGAAAAUUGUCGCAACAAACUCACAACCCGUCAGAAGGUGGCCAGCGUGGAUGCCAAAGCAAAUUAUCGGCUCUUUAGGAAAUGUAAAAAUGACAUCAAAAAGACAAAAUGUAACAGGCCAAAGGAUUCACAAAACCGAGAAUUCCGUCUGUCCAAACUUUUGAUCUGUUUGGAAGAAGCCAAGCACAACACUUUCACCAGUUACCAUGCCAAUGCAGAAGUUGCUAUGGCAACCCAUUUCUACCACAGAUGGUUACCUUGGUAUAGUGGCUAUAGCUGGAUGAUUUGUGUGACAAUCUGCCUCUCUUUGCAAGAUCUGGUAAAAACAGCUGACGCGGGAGCCAACUAUCGAAUUGAUAAAGCGCUACACAAAGCUUGUAAACCAGUGAGGGAUAAAUUAUGCAAGGAUGUUGAAGCUGGAGAUGCCAAAAUACUUUCCUGUCUGAUGGAGAAUAUCUACUCUUCUGAAAUGACCAAAGAGUGUGAGACAGAACUGCUUCUCCUUCAAUAUUUUGUCGCCAGAGAUUUCAAGCUAGAUCCUCUCCUCUUUAAGAACUGUCAACGAGAUGUUGCUGAGAAGUGUUAUAUAGAAAGUGCAGACAACAGUGAGCUGCCACAGGGAGUUGUAGUUGCUUGUCUCCACAGAUAUCUCCACCCUGAGAAUGAUUUUGACAAGCUAACACCAGGAUGUCAGGCUCAGGUUCAUCGUGUUCUGCGUCAGCGUGCUGUCAGCGUACACCUCAAUCCUCAGAUAGAAGCGAACUGUCGUGAAGACCUUGGAAAAUACUGUAAUGAGAAGACUGGCAAAGGGGAGGAGUUGUCAUGCUUACAGGAACAUCUGAAGGAAUUGACACAAGAUUGUCAUUCAAAGAUCGGGGAUUUCACUCAAGAGGAAGCUGAAGACAUUAAGAUGAACCGUAAACUUAUGGCUGCGUGUGCUCCUAUGAUCAAACAGCUCUGCAAGGAUUUUUUGAGCAAGAAAGUGGAUGAAGGGGCAGCCCUUCAGUGUUUGAUAGAUCACAAAAAUGACGACUCUAUGAAUGAGAAAUGCCAGGCUGGUAUUGAGCAUUUCCAGUUGAUCCAGCUCCAGGACUAUCGUUUCAACUUCAAAUUUAAGGAAUCUUGUCGGCAAGAUGUCAUCAAAUACUGCAAAAAUGCAAAGGACAAGAGUUCCAUCAUUUCUUGCCUGAGCACCAAAGUUCGAGAUGCUAUACUAAUGGGACAUCAACACAAUAUCAGCGAGAAUUGCCGCAAACAGCUCAAAGCAGAACUACUGCAGAGGUCAGAGGAUAUUAAACUGGAUCCAGAGCUCUUCAAAGGUUGUGAAGGUGAUGUUCAGAAACAUUGCAAUAAUUUGAAAGCUGGCAAAGCAAGGAUUCUAGAAUGUCUACGCGAUCACCGUUCUGACCUGUCAGAAGCAUGCCACGUGAAGUUGUUCAACCGGGUCAAAGAACAAGCUCAGCUAGUCAAGACCGACUUUGCAUUUAUGCAUGCAUGCAAGAAAAUGAUCACGCAAUUUUGCACAGGGACACCCCCAGAGAGCCUUUUCAAAUGCCUCAAGUCUCACAAAAAUGAACCAACUUUUGACUCCAACUGCAAAACUGUCUUAACUAAGCGGUCCAUCCAACGGAAGGAAGACUUUCGUCUAAACCCAAGAAUGCAGAAAGCUUGUCGGCGUGACAUGCCCAAGUUCUGCAGUGAUGUCUUGGAUAAAUCCAAGAAGGAGGAAUACAAAGAAAAGGAAUUGGAGGGAGAAAUGCUGCUUUGUCUCAAGAAGAAAUUCCCCACCAAGACUCUGUCACCAGAUUGUGAGAAUUACAUCAGAGAUGCCAUUCAAGAAGCAUCAAUGGAUAUUAGGAUGGAUCCUGUCCUCUUCCGUAUGUGUAAGGAUACAGCAAAGAGGCUUUGUUCUGAGGAAUUGGAGACUCCAGGUCAAGGAUUAGUAGAGGAAUGUCUUAAGACUAAUCUACACAAGGGCAAGAUCACUGAUCUCAAAUGCCGUAUGCAAGUGAUUCGGCUGCUUCAAGAGGGUCGCGCUGAUGUUCAUAUUGAUACUCUCCUUUACAAAGCUUGUGCCUUGGACAUCAAGCAUUUCUGUGCAGGUAUUCCACAAGGGGAAGGCCGACAGAUGUCAUGUCUACUUGAAGCUCUGGAGGACAGUACUAUCAAACUGCAUGCUGACUGUCAACGAAUGCUGUCCGAACGCAAGGAAAUGUGGAGUUAUGCAGUCAGAGAAUCCCCACCAAAUUCACUCCAAGACCUAGCGGCUGCAAUCAAUGCAUCUGAAGCCCGUGGUUAUUUUCUCACCGUCUUGUUGGUCAUAAUAGGAGUGCUGUUUUUUGGUGGGCUUUGCUGUGGUCGAGCAACCAAACGUGUCAGAGCAGAACUUAAAAAUAAGUGAUUUUGCUACCUUUUUGUGGAAAUAUUUGUGUUGUAGUUGUUUUUGUUUCUUUUCUUCUUUAAAGUUACUUUCUGCCAGGAGAAAGCAAGAGCACAAUGCAUUGUGGGAAGAUGGAGUCUUUUUUUCAAUCGUUGAGUCAAAGUUAGCAUCAACGCCCUUCUGAUGAAGUAAUAAGGAGGUUUCUGAGUGCUGGUAUUAUUCGUGUGGUUGAGUUUUCAAACACUGAAUAAUUUGUUUUUCACGAUACUAGCUUGUUUUAUGCAAGGGCUUUGCUUUGUAUAAAGACCUUUCUGCUGAGAUAUGUAAAUUGUGCACAUCAUGACAGUAUAAACAAUAACAAAUGUCAGAAUCCUAUUCAAGACACAAACUGCGAGUAUUCAGUUUCCAUUUGCAACAUAGAUGAGGACUCUCAUUUCAGGAAGAUGUAAAUAUUUUUACCAAUGUUUGAAACUUACUCAGUCUUUUUACUUUGCCUUUUCUUGUUUGUACGAUGACUCCAUGAUGUAUUGUGCUCAGUAUCUUUUCUAGCUCCUGUGUACAUUUGCUACUUACUCAGAAUGGAAUCUUACAAUAAUGAUUUGGAAGGUCAUGUUAAAAGUGCUUUUUUGCCCCCCGAGAGUAUUGUAAUUAAUUUGGAGUUAAUUUUAUCUGCAUGUCUCUACGUUAUAUAGUGCGUCCCAGUUGGUUAGGUUUUACAGUUGUCAUAGUUGGCUUGGUAUGAGCAAUGUGGGUUGUCUUUAUUGAUACGACGGACCAUUAGAAAUGGUAUGCAUCCAUGAUACGUUUGUUGUUUAGAAAAACUGGGUUGUUAAAUCACACGGUUUAUGGGAUACUUUAACCCCUUCACUGAGCAAUGCACGUCAUGUUGAUAUGCUCAUGCAUAUGCAUUAAGGGUUGUGAAUUACAGGUAACUGCAUGAAAUGGUUAUAUAGCAUCCCAUUUUUGUUCCCAACCCGCAUCAUUUCUAAUGCUUCUGAAUGGACUAGCAUCCACUCCACGUCUGUUAGUGGGUGAUGUAAUACAAUAGUGGAAUGCAAUGAAGAAUAGGAAACAUGCUAUGAACAGUUGUCAGGAAAGAAAUGGAUGUCUUUGGUUGUGUGCUCUUGCUUAGGAAACAAUAUUUAUGAGGCAUCAGUAGAAACUGCAUUGGAUAAGCAAAUGCCAACUUCUUGGAAGAGUUUAAUUUUGCAUGGAAAAAGGUAUGGAAAGACCAUUUAAAAACUCAAACACAAAAUGCAUGUAACUGAGUUGCCAUCAUGGAAGAUUUGAUGAGUUGGGUAAUUUUUGGAAAGAUGCUGAAAAGUUAUACGAUAAACCAUGAAGUAUGAAAAGAUAAAUAGGAUUUCUCCUUCAUUGUCAUGGGUAUUGGAUAAAAUUAAGAAUUACAGAAUAGUCCUAAAUGUAUUGGUCAGUUUAUGGGAAAAGUUAGGGAAAGGCUACGGAAAAAGUACAGGAAGUAAACAAGAGAAUUGCCUUGAGGACUUCCGAAGAACUUUCCAAUGGAUGGAAUGGGGUAUUAGGAGCUAACCUUUCCUGGAAUGACUUGGCACGGUGCCAAAUCAUAGCAAUUAUUAAUGUAUUGUAUGCAAUAUAUUUUUGUACUGAUAUGUGAAACCUGUUAGAAAGUUGUUUGCUCUAGGGAUUCAAUUUCCCAGUUCCCAAAAUGAAAAUAUAUGUACGGGUUGAAAAGCUCAACAAGUUACAAUGGGAAAUGCCUUUUUUUUCUUUUCGAGAAAUGAAUAUUUGAAGUAUUCAAGACAUGAAAUGAAAUGACAUUUUGUAUCGUUUUGCGCUUAUUUUUUAAUCGGAAUUUAUGGAUGGAGUGGAUCCUCAGAGAUCUACAUGUAUUUGACUUUGUGUUUUUUUGAAAGGUGUAUUUUAUUCGAAUCGUAAGUGGCUUUUUGCCCAGAUGCUUUUAUUUGAGAAAAGUACAGAAAAGAACCUUGGGUGCUAUUUUAAGACCAGGGUGUAACUUUCUAUUUUCUCAGCAAAACCGGGGAAUUUUGCUUGGGCCUUACCGUCAAGCAUUUUUCAGUUUGUCAAUUUUUUAAAAUCUCUUAACUGUGCAGUUUUUGUGGCUGUGUUUGUACAUUUCGUAGCUGAAAGUGAACAUUUAGGGGAAAAUUCAGAGCACUUGACAUGAUUCCUUGCCUGAGAUGGUUUGAAGGGGAGAAGGUUUUUGAAAAAUGUCCUCUUGCAGAUGCCGCCUUGUAAGUUUUGAAAAUAUGUUAUUCUACAAUCAUGCAGGAUGACAAAAAGAAAUACUUUCAUUUCACAAAUGAACUUUUCCUCCUUUGUUUACUGCUUGGAAUUGUAGACCCAGUUAAAUCUUGAACUUAGUUCCUAAAGUUGCAAAUAUUCCCUCUUUGUCUUGAUGUGUUAGUAAUGGUUUUAUUUCCAGAAGUCGUAAUAUUUCCACAAAGACUUGGAAAAAAGUUAUUUUUGCUAUGGUGAUGUUAAUGAUUGUGAUAGUUUCACUGUAAAACAGAUAGAAAGGUUUACAUGUAGUUAAUUCAAGGGUGUAAAGUAAUGAUCCCGGUGGGUUUAGUGGAAUUUAAUUGGUUGGAGUAUAAACUUUUGUUGGGUAGGGUGCCGCCGACGCGUUUUUGAAACUCUUUAUACAAUAUAUAUAGAAACGUUCCCUUACCCUACCCUCCAAAUAUUUGGCUGCAAGAAGCGGAAACUAAUUUGCUUAAGUGAUGCUAUUAGGUGUACAUGUAUUUGGGUUCUUGUUUAUAUUCGUGCGGCGCAGCAUUUACCACCGUAGAUUUUAGAAAUAAAAUAGCACGUCGUAGACAUUUGCUUUGUGAAACCUGAUCGAAGUAAACUGAUUUACCAUCGAAGGUUUUUUCUUUCUUAGAGCAGUGUUUUUGAGAAGUUUCACUGUAUAAAUCAGUCAAGGUGUAGAUUAUUUACAUCCAUGAUGUUGUUGUUUCGACAUGGAGAAGGAAUAAAAGUGUCGUGGCCCAGAAAAGUAGAGAAACAUGA